AUGGCCCCUUUUGUGGGCCCCGGGCUGGAGGUGUUGAUCUAUGAGGUCACCGAGGAGGAUAUGACGUUUCUACCUGGUGGCAAGUUCUACACCGCCUUCAGCCCUAUUCCGGUGUCCAUCAGGCCGGGAUGUUUGCUGAUCACUGACUACUCCACGUGUAACGAGAUUUGGAUGAGUCGCAACGCGGCGGUCUACGACAAUGGUCAAGUCCAGGGACCUGGAGUGCGCAGCCAGGAAGAGAUGAGAGAGCAUUUCCUUCCUUUGAUGAGGCAGCGCGGGAUGAAGCUGCGGCGCGCCGGGCGACGCCUGGCACGUCCCGCAAGGCGUGGCGAGGAGGUGUUGACCAUCAUCAAUGGCGAGGUCGUUGCAAAGACGGUGGUGCUGGAUGACUCCAGCAUGGUCGUCCAAGAAGAAUCUGUGGAUCGCGAGGUCUACGUGUUGGAUGGUCCCUCGUUUGAAGAGACCUACCGACAAUCUGGUUCCGAACUUCCACGCAAGGAUCCCAAGUAUGACGUGCUACGCGCCCGCGGGUUCAAGAUUUAUGAGAAGACUGCAGGAAUGUUCUUGGUCUACAAGGUGACAGAAGAAGACAUGGACUUCGUCUCCAAGGGAAAAUUCCAGGUGCCUUUCAGCAUUGUCCCGCAGCCGUUGAGGCCGGGUGACUACUUGGUGACUCGCUUGCCAGAAAAGAAGGUGGUCUACAUGAGUCGCAACGUGGAGCAGGUCUUCCUCUCGCGUGAAAACUUGGAGGUUCACUUUGCCUUUGCGAGCCCUUUGACCUACAACCCCUUGUGCAUCGAUGGGGAACUGGAAGGCUUGCGCACGGCGGGUGUGUUGGUGCGGCUGACCUGCGCCACGCGAGAGAACUUGCGAGGUCUCAAGGUGCUUCUCAGUUCCUCCAGCGCCACCGUGUUGCACGUGAGUUGCCAUACGGGUUUGAUGCCACAAACCGCGGGCCGUGAGGUCACUUCCAUCUUGGAGGACUUCCGUGGCGGGGGACAUCUUGUGUCGCCGGAGGCUUUCGCGGAUCUGGUCAUUGGUUCGGGCGAAUCAGCGCCACAACUGCUGGUGGUUCUCAGUUGUCAUUCCGAGGCUUUCGCCUUAACUUCCUUGGAGCGUGGCGUCAAGCGCGCUGUGGCCGUGCGCGCGGAGAGUUCGCUGUUGGACCACGCAGCACGGGACUUCACCGUUACCUUCUAUGCUGAGUUGCGCACACAUUGGAACGUGCAGCGUGCCUUCCAUAUCGCCCUGGAAACGAUGAGGGCCUCAAGGGAACCUGGAGUUGCCGAUGAAGCAGAGAAGUUGGUUCUUCUUCCAGAGGGUGCUCACGAGUUUGAAUUGGGAGAAGCCUACGUCUUAGGUCUGCAGGAGGAACUGCCGGCUGAACUGGACAAAACCAUUGCGGUGCGGGUGCCUUUUGACGCUGGAGAGGAGCCAGCGAACGUCGUGAGUUCGCUCUUCGAUCCCCGCAGUUUGGAACGCUUAUGCGACCUCCCAUGCCUCUCGAGGGGGAGGUUUGUGAGUCAAGCUCUAGCAGGCUUCUCCAACUACCGAGUUUUGAAGGUUUCUGGGGAUGCUGGUGAUCUGCAGGACUUUGCCGCUGUGCUGGCUCGCUUCGCAUGCUUUCCCGGUGGCAGGCUCUUCCCAGGCGGCGCCUUGGUGGUGAAAGCUCCCGAGGAAGAUCGGGAUGCCCGGGAUGUCUUGUCUCAGCAGCAGAUGUGUGACAUUUUCUUGCCCCUCAUGAGGACCUAUGGCACAGUGGUCCAAAAGAUGGGGCAACGCUUGGCAAGACCUGCUCACAAAGGGGAGGAGGUGCAAACCAUCAUCAACGGCGAAACUGUGGCCAAAACCGUGGUCUCGGACGACGAGUCUCCGGAAAAUGAAGCGGCGGAAGAUAGAUUUUCCGAGAAAUGCACCAUCGCAAUUUCAGAGGACAUUGAGUUGAUUGCAUACACUCAAACAGACGACCAGACCUUGUGGAUUGGUUCAGCCAUUUUCCCGAUGAUUUGGCCACAGCUGUCGAUGAAGAACCUCAUGAAAAAGGCUUAUGAACUCCGUGCUUCAGUGGAAGAUACUCAUCGCAGACUGGCCGGGCUGGGAAGUUCCGACUUUUUCCGUUUCGAAAUCGACCCCUGUGGGAAAAAGGCCUGGCCAGACCACACAGAAGUGGUGGCUUCCGCAAACGGCUUUGCCAACCUCUUUGGCUGUCUCCUACCUCACUUGGGGGAUGAGCCAUUGGAAGCGGGCUUUGGCAGAUCGAAUGGUGUGUGGCAAAGUGUGACUGUAGAUUCUACUUUGGUUUUGCCGCCGUUCAUGUGGCCAAAUGAUGGUCUUCAGGCAUUUCUUGAAGCCUCCUGGUGGGUCUGUUUCAACCGAGAGGACCACAACAUCCAGUCAAGUUUCGAAAGACCGAUCUUGAGUGAUUUCUUACUCUUUUGCCUGGGACCCACCAAUUCUUCACAAGAGCAGGUCCCAGACCAGGUUUCCUUGGCCUUGUGCGUUCUGACACAGAUAGCGCAGUUGCUGGAUGAACACACCACCCAGCUUUCCAGAACACGAGAAAUCAUCCACCGUUCCAAAGCUGUGGCCAGCAAAGCCAAAUGGCGACACGAAGCCAAAGACAAAGGUCUCGAAGUUGCCACGAAGCUGUGGUUUCAUCCAGGUUUUGUCUAUUUUGAUGGGAGUACCGUCUCGCGUUCUCCCAUCGAAUUGUUCCACUUUUAUUCACCUGACAUUCAGCGCGGUGGCUAUGGACCACCCAUUGAUCUGAAGCGAGAUCGAUCUGCCAUCGCCAGCACUGCAAGGUUUCUCCAAAUUGCUUGGCGCGUGGCUCACAAGAACCACGGCAGAGUAAUUAAGGACUCGCUUCUGGUCAAACCAGGUGGUGUGAGGGCCUCUAGCUCAUGCACAGGUGCCUACACAUCGGAAAUGGCUCUAGCGAUUCUUCAGAAGACUGUAAAUGAGAGCCGCCUACUUCCGCGGAAGGUUACCAUGACACCGGUAUCCACACAUGAAAUCGACGAGCACUGCAGGCAGCUCAUCGUUGAUCACAGUGCUUGGAUUCAGGAAACCACCGGCGACUUCUCCCAUUCAUUGCUGAUGAGCAUGAUCGAGUACCUGUACAACGACGACUAUGAUCUCUACUCGAUCUACGUGGACGUGUCGGAUCAGGGGCACAGCGGGGCAAGGUACAUCAUUUGCGCGCACAAACUGCGAACGGAGAUGUUGCUGGACCCAGUGGAGUUCUACCGGGAGAUCACAAGCUACUUGAGAGCAUCUCUGUCCACAGUGCCUAGUUCCUAUCUGAUUUCUGAUCAUUGCGAGAUCAUGCGAGAGGCUAGCGCUCUAGCAGAAAGGCGGAAGCUCCCUUUUAUCCCUGUACGACCCGGGGAAGACAUUGAUUUGACCCACUUGCUCAACCAACGCGAAGCCGGGGUUCUACGAGAGCUUUGUCAGACUUACAGGGACAAGUAUGGAAAAGACCCAGAGAGCAACCCAAACCUCUUCAUUUUUCUAGGUGACAGUGCAGCUAGGACUAGCUGGACUGCAGCCAGCAACAAACUUCCGACUUUUAGAAGGAAUGGAGGGCUGUAUUGGGGGGUCAUGCACCGCCGCUGGCUCACUUGCAGAGAGAAGCUAGCUGCGCUGGGCUUCCCGGUAUGUCCAGAUUCAGCCCUGAGCAUGGGCGUGCCAGUUCUUCCAGUUUCGGACCGCCGACGUGCCGCAGCAGUUUGUGGCAAUUCCAUGCACUUUUCAAGUGUCGGGGUCAUUCAGCUGGUUGCUUUGUGUUCAUUUCGGCUAAAGUAG